AUGUUGAAAGGACUAAACGAAGUAAGGAAGCGGAUAGGACUGCGACCCAGUCGGAAGAAGACCCCGUUCAUGAAAAACGCUUUUUACAAGGAACAGGAAAUGGAUUUAUACGGCUCUCCGGUUACGGAGACGUCUUCAUACGUAUAUCUCGGACGUUCAAUAAACAUGGAGAACGAUCUGAAAGAAGAACUUAACAAAGCGAAGAGCAGCUUAGGCCACCUUCGGCCCCUAGAGGAAGCCACAGACCAACUGACGGACCCAGAGUUCCGAGCCCACCUAUUUGAUUCAACCUUUCUCCCUACGCUCUGCUACGCAGCAGAAAUGUGGUCUGACUCUGUGACGUCAAAAGCUCUCCGAACAACCCACAGAGCGCUGGAAAGACGUCCUCUGAAGUACAACCGACGCACUCAACAUCUCGUCGGACUUCGCAGUUCAGUGAGAUCAAUGUCUUGUCUUCGCGAUCCAGCGGAAUACGUCUCUAACGCUAAACGAUGA